UGCUUUGGGGGGGCAGUGGGGGAAGGUCCACCAGAGCCUCCCCCCGCACCCCACUUUCUGGAAGCGUCCCGGGAGUGGAACUCACUGCUAUCCCAUCUAAUGCCGAGGCUGAAAGAAUCACGCUCCCACGAGUCACUGCUCAGUCCAAGUAGCGCGGUGGAGGCCCUGGAUCUCAGCAUGGAGGAGGAAGUGGUUAUUAAACCUGUGCAUAGCAGCAUCCUGGGGCAGGAUUAUUGCUUCGAGGUCACGACUUCGUCUGGCAGCAAGUGCUUUUCCUGUCGGUCCGCUGCCGAGCGGGACAAGUGGAUGGAGAACCUCCGUCGUGCCGUGCACCCAAACAAGGACAACAGCCGACGCGUCGAGAACAUGCUCAAAUUGUGGAUUAUCGAAGCCAAAGACCUGCCGGCGAAGAAGAAGUAUUUGUGCGAACUCUGCCUGGACGAAGUCCUCUACGCCCGGACAACGUGCAAGUUGAAAACGGACAAUGUCUUCUGGGGGGAACACUUUGAGUUCAACAACCUCCCGUCACUCCGGAGUAUGACUGUCCACUUAUACAAGGAGACAGACAAGAAGAAGAAGAAGGACAAGACCAACUUCAUUGGGUUGGUCAACAUCCCGGCGGGCUCAGUCACGGGCCGGCAGUUCGUGGAGAAGUGGUACCCCGUGGUGACGCCCAACCCCAGCAAGGGCAAGGCAGGGGGACCCAUGAUCCGCAUUAAGUCGCGCUACCAAACCAUGAGCAUCCUGCCCAUGGAGAUGUACAAAGAGUUUGCCGAAUACAUCACCAACAACUACAUGGUCCUUUGCUCAGUGCUGGAGCCGGUGCUGAGCGUCAAGAACAAGGAGGAGAUGGCCUCGGCGCUGGUCCACAUCCUUCAGAGCACCGGAAAGGCCAAGGAUUUCUUGACCGACCUCAUGAUGUCCGAGGUGGACCGCUGCGGGGAGAACGAGCACCUGAUUUUCCGGGAGAACACCCUCGCCACGAAAGCCAUUGAGGAGUACCUGAAGCUGGUGGGGCAGAAGUACUUGCAAGACGCCUUAGGCGAGUUUAUCAAGGCGCUGUACGAGUCGGACGAAAACUGCGAGGUCGACCCUAGCAAGUGCUCGUCCUCGGACCUCCCCGAACAUCAGAGCAACCUGAAGAUGUGUUGCGAGUUGGCCUUUUGCAAAAUCAUCAACUCCUACUGCGUGUUCCCGAGGGAGCUGAAGGAGGUCUUUGCCUCCUGGCGCCAGGAAUGCAGCAACCGCGGCCGCCCCGACAUCAGCGAGCGCCUCAUCAGCGCCUCCCUCUUCCUGCGCUUCCUCUGCCCGGCCAUCAUGUCCCCGUCCCUCUUCCACCUGCUCCAGGAAUACCCCGACGACCGUACGGCCCGCACGCUGACCCUCAUCGCCAAGGUCACCCAGAACCUGGCCAACUUUGCCAAGUUUGGCAGCAAAGAAGAAUACAUGUCCUUCAUGAACCAGUUCCUGGAGCACGAAUGGACCAACAUGCAGCGGUUCCUCUUGGAGAUCUCCAACCCGGAGACGCUGUCUAACACGGCGGGCUUCGAGGGGUACAUCGACCUGGGCCGGGAGCUGUCCACCUUGCACUCCCUGCUCUGGGACGUGGUCGCUCAGCUGGAUCAGAGCACCGCCACAAAGCUCGGGCCGCUGCCGCGCAUCCUGAGGGACGUCAACACCGCCCUCAGCAACCCAUCCUGCGUGCAAGUCUCAGUCACGACGGAUCACGCCGCCUCGACGCCGACCGCCGGCAACAGCAUCUCCGUGGGGCUCCAGAAGAUGGUGAUUGAGAGCGACUUAUCUGGUCUGAUAGAUUUCACACGGUUACCGUCUCCAACCCCUGAAAACAAGGACUUGUUUUUUGUCACAAGGUCUGCGGGGGCCGCCCAGCCCUCGCCUGCCCGGAGCUCCAGCUACUCGGAGGCCAAUGAGCCCGAUGUCCAGAUGUCCAACGGCAGCAAGAGCCUCUCCAUGGUGGACUUGCAAGACAACCGGGCCUUGGACACUGGGGCGCCUUCCGUCCCGGGGCCGGCCGAAGCCCUCCACGAGGGCCAGCCCUCCGCCGGGCAGCUGCCGGGCGCCUGGAACGCCCGGGCGCAGCAGAACAACGUGGCCGCCAUGGCUACCGUGCGCCGGGCAGGACAGACGCCGACCACGCCCAACGCCGAGAGCGCCCCCGGGCGGCCCCAGCUCCUGGCUCCCCUCUCAUUCCAGAACCCGGUCUACCAGAUGGCAGCGGGCCUGCCGCUCUCGCCCCGGGGGCUGGCCGACUCCGGCUCCGAGUGCCACAGUUCACUCAGCUCCCACAGCAACAGCGAGGACUUGGCGGCUGCCGCCAAGCACGGCUUCGGCAACCCCACGGCCACCCUGGCCACGGAGGACUUCAACCGGCGCGCGGGCGAAUUGGCCCGCCGCCAGCUCUCGCUGACAGACAAGGCCGGCCAGCCCACCAUGCCCCGGCAGAACAGUGGCGGCCCCCAGCGGCGGAUAGACCAGCCGCCCCCGCCCCCGCCGCCCCCACCCAUCACCCGGGGCCGGACCCCGCCCUCUUUGCUCAACACCAUCCAGUACCCACGGCCCUCCAGCGGGGGCAUGCUCUCCUCCUCGCCGGAUUGGCCAGGCAGCGGCGCGCGGCUCCGCCAACAGUCCUCGUCCUCCAAGGGCGACAGUCCGGAGAUGAAGCAGCGCACCCUCCACAAGCAGGCCCCUUCUCCUGUGAAUCCCAAUGCCCUGGACCGCACGGCCGCUUGGCUUUUGAAUAUGAACGUGCAAUUUUUAGAAGAGGAGAGCAGUGACCCAGAACCCAAGCACAGGGAUAAGAUCCGGAGUAAAGACGAGUUCAGCCAAGGGGAAAAGCAGUACCAGCAGGACGUGGUGGUGUUGCAGGACAAGCUGCGCAUCUCCAACAAGAGGCUGGAGGAAUACGAGGCCCGGUUCAAGUGCCAGGAGGAAGCCAGCCAGAAACUGAUGCUGGAAUAUCAGGCGAGGCUUGAGGAGAGUGAGGAGCGGCUGCGUCGGCAGCAGGAGGACAAGGAGAUCCAGAUGAAAGGCAUCAUCAGCAGGCUGAUGUCCGUGGAGGAGGAGCUGAAGAAAGACCAUGCGGAAAUGCAGGCGGCCGUGGACUCCAAGCAGAAGAUCAUAGACGCGCAGGAGAAGCGCAUUGCCUCCCUGGACGCAGCCAAUGCCAGGCUCAUGAGCGCCCUCACGCAGCUGAAAGAGAGGUACAGCACGCAGACCCGUAAUGGCAUCUCCCCCACAAACCCAACUAAAUUGCAGAUUACAGAGAACGGCGAAUUCCGAAACAGCAGCAAUUGUUAACCCGCUGGGAGUGGCUGCUGCAAGAGAGAGAGAGAGAGAGAGAGAAAGAGAGAGAAAGAGAGA